AUGGCCGUUCCAGAAAUUGCCAUGGGGAUAAACUUACCCAGAUCACCUUAUAUGCUAGCCACAAAAUUCAAAUUUGGGGGAAGAAACCAGUUCUGCGCGAAAGCGUCUGCUUCUAGUUCAGAUGAUGGGAAUGGGAGGAUGGUAAUAAGGAAAGAAAAAGAGGGUUGGAAGUUAGAUUUUUCUGGCGAAACUUUGGCCACGCCUUUGCUAGAUACAAUCAAUUUUCCCAUUCAUAUGAAGAACUUGUCUUCAAAGGAUCUUGAACAAUUAGCUGCAGAACUUAGAGCGGAGAUUGUAUAUGCAGUAUCAAAAACAGGAGGGCAUUUGAGUUCAAGCUUAGGAGUGGUGGAAUUGACUGUUGCUCUGCACCAUGUUUUUAAUACUCCUGAUGACAAAAUUAUUUGGGAUGUUGGCCAUCAGGCUUAUGGGCAUAAGAUUCUGACUGGGAGGAGGUCUAAAAUGCACACUAUUCGGAAAACUUCUGGAUUAGCUGGCUUUCCCAAAAGGGAUGAGAGUGUGCAUGAUGCUUUUGGAGUAGGACAUAGUUCAACAAGCAUUUCUGCUGGACUUGGUAUGGCGGUGGCAAGAGAUCUAUUAGGGAAGAAUAACACUGUCGUUUCUGUGAUUGGAGAUGGAGCCAUGACUGCAGGACAAGCAUACGAGGCUAUGAAUAAUGCUGGAUUUCUUGAUGCUAACCUUGUUGUUAUACUAAAUGACAACAAACAGGUUUCAUUACCAACAGCUACACUUGAUGGUCCAGCCACACCUGUUGGUGCCCUCAGUGGUACUUUAAGCAAACUCCAAGCCAACCCUAAAUUCAGACAGCUUCGAGAGGCUGCAAAAAUUAUCACAAAGCAAAUUGGUCCUCAAGCACAUGAAGUUGCAGCCAAGUUUGAUGAAUAUGCAAGGGGAAUGUUGAGCGCGUCUGAGAAAGGCAAAGGCUACCCGCCAGCUGAGGCAGCAGCUGAUAGAAUGCAUGGGGUCGUCAAGUAUGAACCGAAGACUGGAAAACAAAAUAAAGCCAAAUCCUCUACACUUACAUAUACUCAAUACUUUGCGGAGUCCUUGGUAAAAGAAGCUGAAAUGGAUAACAGGAUUGUGGCUAUUCAUGCUGCAAUGGGUGGUGGUACCGGUUUAAAUUAUUUCCAUAAAAAAUUUCCAGACCGCUGUUUUGAUGUGGGCAUUGCUGAACAACAUGCUGUCACAUUUGCUGCUGGAUUAGCCACUGAGGGUCUCAAGCCAUUCUGUGCUAUCUAUUCGUCAUUCUUGCAACGAGGAUAUGAUCAGGUAGUGCAUGAUGUAGAUCUUCAGAAGUUACCAGUCCGGUUUGCAAUGGACCGAGCUGGUUUGGUGGGGGCUGAUGGACCUACCCAUUGUGGAGCAUUUGAUGUAGCGUACAUGGCUUGUUUGCCCAACAUGGUGGUGAUGGCUCCAUCCGAUGAAGCAGAGCUUAUGCACAUGGUUGCAACAGCAGCAGCCAUAGAUGAUAGACCAAGCUGCUUUAGGUUUCCCAGGGGAAAUGGCGUAGGAGCAGUUCUUCCUUUAAACAACAAAGGAACUCCACUCGAGGUAAGCACUAGAAUUUCUACUGUUAAUCUCAAAACUAGUUCUACUAUAGAUCAAAGUUUUCCAAAGCUCAGGAUACUAAGAGAAGGCAAUAGAAUUGCAAUUCUUGGAUAUGGUGCAAUAGUUCAACAAUGUCUUGGAGCUGCUGAAAUGCUCAAAGCCCAUAACAUAUUCCCGACAAUAGCCGAUGCUAGAUUCUGCAAACCAUUGGAUGCUGAUCUUAUUCGAAGACUGGCAAAAGAGCAUGAAAUCUUGAUCACAGCAGAGGAAGGUUCUAUUGGAGGUUUUGGUUCGCACGUCUCACAUUUCCUAAGCUUAAAUGGCAUUUUGGAUGGACCUCUGAAGUUGAGAUCAAUGAUGCUUCCUGAUAGAUAUAUCGACCAUGGAGCACCUCAGGAUCAGAUUGAAGAAGCAGUCGCAGGGUGGUGUUGGCGGUGGACUGGUUUCUUGGCGACGGUUUUGUUUGUGUUCCGUGUUUUGGGGUUUUACAUUGAUUUUGGAUCUGUGAUGUCAUGGUUGCGGUGGGGUGGUUUUGCGGUGGAUCCGGUUCUGUUGGCGAAUCUGGUGGCGAUCCGCAGUAGUUACGAUCUGGCCGUGAAUGAUUUGGGUGGUUCGGCUGGUGGCAGUGGUGGUCACAGAAAUCGAUGGUGGUCACAGAAGUCGAUGGUGCUAUUAGUUCUUGCGACAACGGUGAUGAUGGUCACGGGGGUGGUCACAGAAGUCACUGGUGGUCACACAAAAUAA